UUGUGAUUUCACGUUUUAAGACUGAUUACUCCUUAAAGCUUCAGGCCAUCUGCUGCAUUUUCUCUCUCCUUCUCCUGUAGAGAGAGAGAGAGAGAGAUCCAAUGGAGUACGAGAGGAUUCACCAAGUUCAGACUGGUAUCAUUUCCCCAAGUAAAUUGAGGAUGAAGCUCAUAGGGCCUCACAAUCAGAGGAAGAAAGGAGGAUCAAAUAGUAACUCUUCAAGAACAUCUCCUUCCAAGCUUGAGGAUUCUGAGUUUGUCAAGAACAGCUUGUUAGCCACUAACAGUGGAGACUUUGAUGAGGAAGCUUCCAGUUUAGAAGCUUUAUCAGUAAAAUUAUCAGGUACUAUGGUGCUAGAUGCUGGGCAAGGUAGUCAGAGUUCUUGCCAGACAAGAGAAAAUGUUAAAGUGCAGCAAUAUUCAAAGGCUGAUAGUGGUAAUUCAAGUUCUGUUCACCCAGUAAGAGCAUUAGAAGAGGAAAAUCUUGACUAUGAUAGUAAUGCUAGUUCCUCUAGCUUUGAGUUUCAUAAAGGUGAAAGAUCAGUGCAUAAUCCCAUGAAAAGAUUGCUAUCGAGACCAAUGCCAUCUAAGUGGAACGAUGCAGAGAAAUGGAUAAUGAGCAGACAACAUCUGCAAGCCAAUUAUUCUAAGAAAAUGCAUUUACAAAGUCAAGUGAAUAGGUUGCCCGUAACAAAUUUGGUGAGGGUUGCUCCAGAGUCUGCUAAUUAUGAUCCAAAGCUGUCAGUUAAGCGGGUCGAUUUCUGUCAACCAGCAUCCCAGAUGGGCUUGGAGAAGUUUUCUUUUGCUUCCUCUGGAAAUCACCCUCCUGUUCAAGACAAUGGGGCAAAUUUGUUGAUAGAUUUGUGUCCUCAAAGUAAGGAUUUGCAGGAAGUGGAUAACGGAGAUUCAUCUUGUAUGAAGAGUUCAACUGAAGAUUCCACUGGUGUUCCUGCUAUAAGAUCAGUCUCAAUGAGAGACAUGGGAACAGAGAUGACACCAAUUCCAAGUCAAGAGCCUUCAAGGACUGCAACCCCUGUUGGGGCCACGACGCCGCUUCGCAGCCCAACUUCUUCUAUCCCAUCUACUCCUCGAAGAGGAGCACCGGCACCCACCCCCAACGGGCAAACAACUGAUGAUGAGUCGCAACAUGCAGCAGAAAAUGGCAAAAAAGAAUUGUCAGAGCAAGAACUAAAGGUCAAGACAAGGAAGGAGAUAGUAGCUCUUGGUAUGCAACUAGGAAAAAUGAAUAUUGCUGCCUGGGCAAGUAAAGACGAGAAGGUAAAGAAUGACAGUGCGGCUGCAACACUUGAACAGGUUGAAUAUGAAAAACGAGCAGCUGCAUGGGAAGAAGCUGAGAAAUCUAAACACACAGCAAGAUAUAAGCGCGAAGAAAUCAAGAUCCAAGCAUGGGAAAGUCAGCAGAAAGCAAAACUUGAGGCGGAGUUGAGGAGAAUAGAGGCCCAAGUUGAACAAAUGAGAGCACAUGCUCAAGCAAAAAUGGUGAAGAAGAUCGCAAUGGCAAGGCAAAGAUCAGAGGAAAAACGCACAGCAGCUGAAGUCAGGAAAAACCGGCAGGCCGAGAAAACUGCAGCUCAGGCAGAAUACAUUCGCCAAACGGGUCGAAUUCCAUCCUCAAACUUGGUCUGUUGUGGUUGGUUGUGAUCAUAAUACAAACACUGCAAAUAGGGAAUAGCUUUUCUAUGCAGUCACUUGAAGAAAUGAUUAGCCUCUUUGAAGAGUGUUAGUCCUGAGUGCUAUCUGUUCCCAGAGUUUUGAGAAACCUCAAGAGUGUAAGUUGUUACAUAAAUGAAUUUCGCAUUUAAUGCUGUUAAAAUUGGCAGAUUCAAUUCCACAUAUAGAUCGGGGUUGUUAGAUAGGCAAUGCAGAUGUUGCAUAAAGAGAAGAUUGCACUUAAAGAAAAGUGGUGCUGAUUUCUACCCAGCCAAAACCCUUAAUAUUUCUGGGCCUUCAUUACUUCUCUAAUGAAUUGGUUUUGGGUUCUAAUCUGUUUCAUUGACCCAUUUGGGAAGUUAAGUUUGGGGCAUCCAAAGCGUAAUUUUCACCUUUAGUGGGAGGUUAGCAUAACGAGGGUGUUAGUAGACUGAGUCUGAGUGGGGACAAUGUUGCGUGUCAAAUUGG